UCUGCCGCGCUGCCAUGCCGGCCGCAGUGGUGUUUUGUUGGAUUCGUUUAGCUCAUGAUUCAGUUGAGUGUGAUCGUUUAACCCGUUGACAACGUUUGGCUAUUUUUAUAAAUGUUGUUUCCACUUUUUCGUGUAUCUAUUUUGUUGUAUUUUUAUAUUUUUGUCUCUGAUAAGACGAAAUUCCGAUCGACUCUUUGUGGUGGUAAUUUGUUGUUCGAACGCUCGCUUGCCCCUGUUCGUGCUCCUAUAGUCCCUACUUUUAAAACCCACUGAUUUUUAUUUUCCUUACAUAAAAUCCAAGCGAGUAAGUGCCGAGGAAGCAAGGGAACCCCUCCCGUUCGUUGUAACAAGUGGAUAGUCAACUGCAAACUAAAAGCAGCAAAAUUUUCGCAAACCAGCUGGACACAGAGGACGGUAGCUAUAAGCUGUAUACCGUAAGGUAGUCAGAGUUACACCGACCGACCGCCCCGAGAGGCUAUACGCAACACCCGGUACGGAACACAGUACCUAUAAACUCAUUCCGUUCGUACUCAGUCUCAGUGCUACAUUGGAUAGUUUGGCUUAGCCCGUUCAGACUUCAGUCAGUGUAGAUUCUGAACACGACGACGACGAACGACAACGACACGAUACACCAUAGCGCGCAUAGUGGAAUUAUUUUUAAUUUAUUUUUAUUUGCAAACGAGAUAUAAAAGAUAAACAACACAAACAAAUUAAAAAACAACACGAACGAGGAAAAUUUUGCACCAACGGCAUAACGAAAAAGAAAACAAGAAAUUUCGAAACAUCGAUCGGUAAUUUUGAUAUUUUGAAAGAGUGCGAAAUUAUUUUCUAUACAAAACAAAAAAAUGCCUGAAAUCAAUAUUGACAGUUCGAAUUGGAGUUGGAGUUUAAGUUCGAUGAUGGAUUACUUUGAAUACCUUGAAGUUGCCUGGGCCUAUUUUCUAAUUUUCUGGGAGUAUUCGCAUUGGAUUGCGUAUGCCUUGGCCUUUAUCACACUUGUCCCAAAGGUGUGGAGAAGAACUGUAAACGGUGCAGAAACGGAACUGCGAAAUGUCAAAUUUCACAGAUGCUACGGAGCCGAACGGUGCUGUCAUCCUCUAGAAGCCGACGACUCCGAAAUAGUUCGACCUCGGAAAAAAGUUCUCCGUCGAUUUCCACCCAAACGAGACUUGAGUACCGAAGAUAAACUAGAGUCUUCACAUUCACAAACCUCAUCAGCAUCAGCAUCACAAGUAGCAGCUCUACUCCCCACGCAACCAAACCAUGUCAAUCAAAUUGCAAAAAUGUUCGAGGGCAAUGCUCGCAAAGUCAACCGAGUGACGCCAAUUAUAACAAACGAACAGAGCUCCUCCGGUUUGCAUCAACAAUCACCAGACGAAGCCGUGACAAAGAAAAAAACCGUAAACGACGACUUAAAGUACGAGAAAAUGACAUUGCGAAACUUGGAAGAACGUUACUUCAAACCCUCUCCAGCCACUGCCGCCGCCACCGUCGUCGCCGUCACCACUGCGGCGGGAUUGGGAAAACCGGAAAAUAUCCCAGAAAACGAUGAAAACUCUGGCGAUUUGCUAAAUCGUCCUUUGUCGUCGUCGUCUUCGUCGCCAUCUACAGCGAAUAUUGUUAUCCAGCGACGGCGUUACCCAUCGACGUCGCCAUCACCCCCGCCACCCAAACAACUAUCCCGACCGAACUCACUUAAGGCCAGCAUAGAGAAUAUAUUCGCCUUGGCUAGCAAAGGUGGCUUAAGUCCCAAUGGCGGCGGACCGGUUACAUCGAUCGAAGAAAUCCUGUCGCAGCGCCGACUCUCCAGACCAUUGUCGGCGUAUUCGAUAAGUGACCUCUUGGGUGACAGCUUACCAGAUGAGAGUUACAUUGAGAGCUUCUUUGUAAAUCUAAACAAUCAUUAGUGUGCCAUUAGUAACAUUUUUUUACACAUUGAAAUGUCAAAAAUCAGGGCAUGACAAAAGAGAAGAACAAUGGAAAAAUUAGUUCUAAGUCGGUUGUGAUAAGAACAAAGUGAAGUUAGUGUCAUUUUCGAGUCAAUGCGAUGAUGCAAACAUGACCUUAACAUUUUUGUUCAUAAGAGACAAGACAUAUAAUCAUGCAUAAAUUAGUAGUUAAUUUGCCAUUUAUUAAGUUUUAAUUAAGGGCUAAAAUAAAAAUUCUUGUGAUAUUUUCCAUUGUCUUCUGUUGGUUCUUUAGAUAGAGAAAUAUUUUUAUUUUUUGUUAAGGGUGAUGUCACACUCGAAUGACACUUCUCGCUCUUAUCGUGUAUUGUUUUAAGAUUAUAAAAAUUAUUAUUAUUUCAUUUGUUUGCUAACAAACUGAUUGUGCAAAAUCAAUCAAUAUUUAUACAUAGAAUCUUUUUUUAGCAAAUAAAUAAACAAUAAAUUGACAAUCAUCAUCGGAAAUGUAAUCAAGUGAAAUUAAUUAAACAAAGAAGGAGAAAAAGACAAAGUAACAAAUUUGUAAUAAUUGUUCUUUUUUGUAUUUAAAAACUUUUUAUUUACCUCAAUUUCCUUUACAUUUUGUUUUUAUUGAAGACUAAAGGAAUUAUAUUGAUGGAAAAUAUUGAAACGUGAGAUAACACUUUUUUAAAUAAAAGAAUUUCUUUUUGGGUGUAACAAAAAAUACAAAAAGUCAAUUAAUAUUUGAACAGCUUUGAGUUGUUUAAUUUUGAAUUUAAUUUCAUGUGAUCGAUCUUUUGUGAUUUUGUGAGUUGAAGUCGUUGGGUUCAGAAUUUGUCUCCUUCUUUUUUUGUUUGUUUGACAAAAGUAUUAAAUUUUGUAUUUUAAAUUUCAACAAGAAAUAAUGUUUUUUUUUUAAUUAAGAAAAUUGUACUGAAAAUUGGAACUAUAUAACCUACUAACUUUACGAUAGAAAUAGGUUUUUUUUUUAUGCGCAAUAUUUUAUGGUAAUAAAUUAAAAAAUCAAAAUUAA